AAAACCACCCACCAUUUCUGACCUUUGAAGUAACUGUCUGUCUCGACUCUAUGAUCGCUCCGCCGCCCUCAUACAUCCAUUCGUUGCAAAUCUGCAAGCCAAUCAUAGAGACAGAAAGGGGGAAGCCAUGAUUAAUCUCAACAAAACUUAAAGAAUAGAAAGUAAUAACCUUUCGCCUUCUCUCUCGAAUCUGCUUCUCAAUCCCUCGAGUUUCCCUGAUUCGAGGGUCACGUCCUACAUCCUCACCCAUUUUUUUGAGUCUUUCUUGCUCGUUGGCUUAAGUCUUAAUUUAAUCGACUUUGUUCGCUUCGAAACCUCUUCGAUCGUGAUCCCUCAGAGGCGAGAAGCGCGUAGCUUCUUUCCGGGUAUAGCUAUUAAUUGUAUGAAUAUUUGGUGCAAUCGGGAAAUCGGCGGUUCCGAUCGAAUUUUAGGGUUUCUUUUGAAGCGUAAUGCAUCUGCUACCGAAAAGCGAGACAAUAGAGAUCCGCGAAGUAUGGGCCGAGAAUCUCGAAGCGGAGUUCGCCCUGAUCCGAGAGAUCGUGGAUGACUUCCCGUAUGUGGCGAUGGACACGGAGUUCCCCGGGAUUGUUCUACGUCCCGUCGGGAACUUCGGGUCCAACUACGAGUACCACUACCAGACCCUAAAGGACAACGUGGACGUGCUCAAGCUGAUCCAGCUGGGGCUCACCUUCUCCGACGAGCGCGGCGACCUACCCACCUGCGGGACCGGUCAGCACUUCAUCUGGCAAUUCAAUUUCCGGGAGUUCGAUCCCAAAUCGGACGUCUUCGCCAACGAUUCCAUCGAGCUCCUUCGCCAGAGCGGCAUCAAUUUCAUGUUGAACAACGAGAGGGGCGUCGAUGCAGUGCGCUUCGGCGAGUUGCUAAUGUCCUCCGGCGUCGUCUUGAACGACAGCGUCCACUGGGUGACUUUUCACAGCGGGUACGACUUCGGGUACUUGCUCAAGCUUCUGACGUGUCGGAAUCUGCCAGAUACGCAGGUGGAGUUCUUUAAUUUGAUUAACAUGUAUUUUCCGACGGUGUAUGAUAUCAAGCACUUGAUGAAGUUUUGCAAUAGUUUGCACGGUGGGUUGAAUAAGUUGGCGGAGUUGUUGGAGGUGGAGCGAGUCGGGGUUUGUCACCAGGCGGGUUCGGAUAGUUUGCUCACGUCAUGUGCCUUCAGGAAGUUGAAGGAUAAUUUCUUUAGCGGUUCCCUGGAGAAGUAUGCUGGUGUAUUGUACGGUUUAGGUGUCGAGAAUGGACAGAAUACUCUUUGAAAAGAGAAACAAAAAUAAAUAAACAAGAGAUGAAGAGAUUAGAAUCAUGUGGUUUUAGCUGUAUGUUUGUCUCAUAUAUACACAUCUCUAUUGUGCACUUUUUGGCAACAAAGUUUCUUAAUUUAGGGAUAUUUUAUAUUGGAUAGUUCUUGUGUGCUUCUUCACAACUUUUCUUAUUGCCUUUACACUUCUAGCAAUUACCGUGUUUUGGUUUACUGAUGUCGGAGGGUUAGUUGGGUUUGGAGUUUAUCUGGCUAAAUCACUUGGUGCGUUUACAGGGUCUCCAAGAUUCCGCUUCAUAAGAAAGAAUACUGUUUUUGGUUUUAACAUAACAAAGGGAAUGAUGCUACGUGGUUUUGAUGUUUAUUGAUGAAAAUGGAGUCUUUUGAUUUAGGAUUAGGCAGUGAAACAUCUUCUACAAGUUAAAGCUGCUUGGGGCGUCAUACUUUGACUGUUUUGUUCAUUUUUCAGGGCUUGUGAUGUUCUAAUUUUUUCCUUUCUGCACUGUUUUCUGAGCAUGUAAAACUUCCCAUUCAUUUCUGUCUUGAUGGAUUUAUUGAAGAACUUCUUGUUUUACAUCGGGCAUGUGAUAAUAUUAUGCAUGAUUGCUCUGAUUAAAUUUGAAAAAUGGAUGAUCCUGGGUUCAUAAGUAAGUUUUUUCUAGGAUUGUUUGAUGGACCGAUGGUUAUGUCAUCCUAGUUUUAAAUUUUUGAGGUAUUCCUAAAACGUCGAGCUGAAGCAGUUAUUUUAAUUCUGUAACUUAAGGUAAGCUGAUACAUAAUUAUUAUUUUAGCUACUUCCCUUGCCUUGGAUCUGUGUGAUAAAGUUUGAUCAUGCCUCAUUCCUAUAUUCUUGGAACAAUCUCUUACAACUGCUAGUUAUGAGUUGCUUAAAAUAUUUUUUCUUCCCAACUCUUUCUUGAAGGCUAAAGGGCUAACAACAUACAAACAUUUUUAAUGGUUGUUCAUCAAUGGAAGAAGACGCAUCCAAAAGAGCAAGAGUCACCUCAUUCUCAUCUGAUGAGGUCCUUCAAUAGCUUGGUGGGUGAAUUGAACAAGCUUCUGCAAUUGUUGGAAGUGGAGAGACUACGUAUUGCAUACAUCGAACCAUGAAUAGUUUGCUCGCAUAUUGUACAAUUGAGGAAUUACAAAAAAGAGAAAGAAAAGAACAAGAGAGUCUAAUAUGCCACUGUUUCCAAUAAUUAGGUGUUGAUGUCGAGUAUGAACAGAAAGAAUAUCCCCUCAAUUUGAGAGCUAAAAAAAAAAAAAAAGCAUCAGGAGGUUUUGAAAUGAGAGUUCUUUAAAUGGUUGUGGCUAUCACGCACAUAUGUAUGCUUUAUGAUGGAAGUUAUAUUGCAAAUAUCCGUCUGUUCAUGUUUU